AUAUAAGCCACCCAUGUUUGUGCAUGUAUCUACUUAACAACCAUUUGGUCACAUUUUCACACCCUCUGUUCUGCAUGAUCACUCAAUUUUUCUCAGAAUUUUCUUCCCUUCACUAGAUGGCCAGCAUGUUUUCAGGUCACCGGAGCAUCGUUAUCGUUCUGUUUUCUGUCCUCUGCAUGGCAUUUCAUGCAUGUUCCGAUGAACUUGACAUGCUUCUUCAGAUUAAGGCCAGCCUUAAAGAUUCGGAUUCGAGGGUUUUGGAUACAUGGAGAGCAGAGGACUCAGUGUGCAGCUUUAGUGGCAUAAUGUGCAAUGACAAACAAAAGGUACAAGAAAUCAAUCUCUCUCAAGAAAAUCUUGCUGGAACUCUUCCUUUUGAUGUUAUAUGUUCUCUUGAUUCACUUGAGAAGCUUUCUUUAGGAUCAAACUUUUUGUCUGGUAAAAUUAGUGAUCACUUAGCAAAUUGUACUAAGUUGACAUACUUGGAUUUAGGCAACAACUCUUUUUCUGGAGAGGUUCCUGACUUGUCUUCCUUAACCAGACUUAGUUUCUUAAGCUUAAACUGUAGUGGCGUUUCGGGUUCAUUUCCUUGGAGUUCACUGAGAAAUCUUACUGCUCUUACUUUCUUGAGCCUAGGUGAUAACUUAUUUGAAAAGUCUCCAUUCCCUUUGGAAAUACUAAAUCUUGAUAAAUUGUACUGGCUUUACCUUACCAACAGUAGUAUUGAAGGCCAGAUUCCAGAGGAAAUCGAAAACCUCAGUCUUCUUGAAAAUCUUGAGCUUUCAGACAAUUUUUUGUUCGGAAAAAUCCCAGAAGGAAUCACCAAACUAGCUAAACUUUCUCAGCUUGAGCUUUAUGACAAUAACCUUUCUGGGAAUUUUCCUGAGGGCUUUGGAAAUCUCACAACUCUUAGAAAACUUGAUGUUUCCAAUAACAGCCUUGAAGGUGAUAUCUCUGUGUUGAAGUCAUUAGUCAAUCUCGAGUCAUUGCAACUAUUUGAAAACAAAUUUUCGGGAGAAAUUCCAGGGGAAUUUGGAGAAUUCGAGUUUUUUCAGGAGCUGUCACUUUACACCAACCAGUUCACAGGUUCACUCCCACAAAAGAUUGGAUCUUGGUCUGAUUUUAUUUAUAUAGAUGUUUCGGAGAAUCUUUUCACAGGCCUGAUUCCCCCUGAUAUGUGCAAGAAAGGUAGCCUGACUGAUCUACUUCUGUUGCAAAAUAACUUCACUGGUGGAAUUCCUGAAACUUAUGCAAAUUGCUCAUCUCUAACACGUGUCCGUGUUAGUAAGAAUUCUCUUUCAGGAUCUGUUCCAGAUGGGUUAUGGGGUCUUCCUAAUGUGAACCUGAUGGAUCUCUCUAUGAAUCAAUUUGAAGGUUCAGUGACAAGCAAUUUAAGAGAAGCCAAGAGCCUGUCUCAGCUAUUUUUAUCCAAUAAUAAAUUUUCUGGAAUGCUGCCAGUAAUGAUGUCAGAUGCAUCAUCUCUGGUGGAAAUUGAGUUAGGAUGGAAUAAUUUUUCAGGUGAAAUUCCAUCAACAUUGGGCGAACUGAAAAAUUUAAGCAGUUUACAUCUGGAAGCUAACUCUUUCACUGGAGCUAUACCAGAGUCAUUAGGCUCAUGUCUAUCACUUAAUGAUAUAAGUCUAUCUGGAAAUUCUCUUUCGAGUGGAAUUCCAUAUAGUCUUGGUUCUUUACCAAGCUUAAACUCCUUAAAUUUAUCACAUAACAAGCUUUCUGGGAAAGUUCCUCUCAGUUUGUCAUCAACUAGAUUAAGCCUUCUUGAUUUGUCCAACAAUCAAUUGAGUGGUCCCAUACCGGAUGCUUUAUCGGUUGAAGUUUUCAGUGAUGGCUUUCUUGGAAAUCCAGGAUUGUGUAGUAACAAGAGGAUUAGUGGUCUUAAAUCAUGUUCAUCCCCGGGUUCAACAGAGUCCGCGCAGCUUAAAAUAAUUGUGUCCAUUGUCAUAGCAGGGGCAUUUGUAGCCAUCCUGUCACUUGCUACAUUCUUGUAUGUUAUGAAGUCCAAGAAAAAUGGUCAGAACUGUCCUAUGACAAGACGCGAUUCUUGGGACAUGAAACACUAUCAUGUCCUAAGUUUCAGCGAGGAGGAAGUAGUGAAAGCCUUAAAACAAGAAAACUUGAUAGGUACAGGUGGCUCUGGAAAUGUGUACAAGGUUCCCCUAAGUUGUGGCAAAACAUUGGCUGUUAAACAUGUCUGGAAGUCGAAUUCUGGUGGACACAAAGGUUUUCAGAUGAGCUCACCUAUGCUCGGGAAAGGGAAGAGCGGAUCACCUGAAUAUGAUGCUGAGGUAGAGGCUCUGAGCUCCAUAAGGCAUGUGAAUGUGGUGAAACUGUACUGCAGUAUUACUAGCGAGGACUCGAAUCUACUGGUCUAUGAGUACAUGCCUAAUGGAAGCUUAUGGGACCAAUUGCACACAUGUCAGAAGAUCUCCAUGGACUGGAGUGUCAGAUACGACAUAGCGGUUGGAGCAGCCAGGGGACUGGAAUAUCUCCAUCAUGGUUAUGACAGGCCGGUGAUACACCGUGAUGUAAAAUCAAGCAACAUUCUCUUGGAUGAGAACAUGAAGCCGCGAAUUGCUGAUUUUGGGCUAGCAAAAAUUGUGCAGCCUAAUGGAGCUAAGGUGGCUGCAACACAAAUGAUUGCUGGCACAUAUGGCUACAUUGCUCCUGAAUACGCGUACACCUACAAAGUAGACGAAAAGAGUGACAUCUACAGCUUCGGAGUAGUUCUGAUGGAAUUAGUGACAGGAAAGAGGCCAACAGAGCCCGAAUUCGGAGAAAACAAGGACAUUGUACAAUGGGUUUGUGACUCAAUGAUGAGAAGUGAUGACAGUGGCAUUGGUCUGGUGGACUCGACGAUUUCAGAAGAGUCGAAAGAAGAUGCAGCUAGAGUGUUAACAAUUGCAAUUCGCUGCACGAUGAAGGUUCCGAAUCUAAGGCCUUCAAUGAGGGUGGUAGUCCAAAUGCUGGAAGAAGUUGAGCCUUUUAAGUUGUCUGAGAUAGUUGUUAGCAAAGAUGGUGAAAAUUGUAAGCAAUAAGAAGAUGCAAAUUUUGAUUUUGUUGAAAGAAUAAUUGAUAGAUAGUAAGCUGCAUCUUCCAAGAGAUGCAUGUAAAAUAUGGUGCUUGUAGCUAAGCACUAGUUUCACAUCUUGUUGUAAAAAUGUCAAAAUUUAGCCUUAUGUGUGUAUGUAAUCAUUUUAGGCCA